GGCGGGGUUUCUUGCGGUAUCGUUGAGCGAAGCCCGGCUUCGGAGCUAUCGUUGCAACGAGUGGCGCGCCGGAGGUGGAAAACGGUUGUGGUCCGAUUCGAGGAGUGGGAGAACACUGGUCGGUAGUGAAAUCGACCAGCACUGGUGAUCAUGAAGCCCUCAUUAUAUGAUCGCCUGCUCCGGCGGGAAACCGGGGAGACGUCCCACUAUGCAGGUAUACCGGGUAUCUAUGGAGCCAGAGAGUGGAUCGACGACUUAGAUAUCGUGAACGAACUGGGUGGUCACACAGGCUGCGUAAAUGCCCUCAGCUGGUCUCGCUCAGGGCGGUUGCUGGCAUCGGGAUCCGAUGACCAGCAUCUCAACAUCUACUCUUACCAGCCCGACUCGUCGACCGCUCCAUUUGCGCUGAAUACGACUGUGGCUACUGGUCACUCCGCCAACAUUUUCUCCGUGAAAUUCAUGCCGCAUUCGAAUGACCAGACGUUGGUCACGUGUGCUGGCGACGCGCAGGUUCGUGUGUUUGACAUUGAAUAUUCCUCAGGAAAUGGCAACGGAGCUGCUUCCUCGGCAUUCGAGGCCUCUGCGAGAAGUCGCCGUUUCAAUAACUUCUUCGCUGGAGCACGCUACCUGACUGCGGGUAAUACAAACGCACGGGUCUACCGGUCCCACGCCGAUAGGGUGAAGCGGGUCGUCACCGAGUCGUCUCCGUAUCUCUUUAUGACCUGUUCGGAGGAUGGCGAGGUUCGUCAGUGGGAUCUACGGCAGCCGUCGUCAGCAUACCCUUCGCCGCGGGGUGGUCAGGGCUUCAUGGCCUACAGACCUGGACUCCAGCAUGACGACUCCAACGUGCCUCCUCCCUUGAUAUCUUAUAAACGGUAUCAACUGGACCUGAACACCAUUUCCUGUUCCAGCAGUCAGCCACAUUAUAUCGCGUUGGGAGGCGCUCACCUCCACUGUUUUCUUCACGACAGGCGGAUGCUGGGUCGAGAUCUCCUCGCGGAGAAAGGCGACCCUGGUAGUCCGUCACCAGCACCGGGCACUCCGGAGGAUGAGACGAUGGGACAGGCGACCAGGUGUGUCCGGCGAUUUGCUCCGAAUGGAAGGAGAAAGAUGCGGCGCAAUGACAAUGGGCAUAUCACGGCGUGUAAGAUCAGUGAUGCCAAUCCGAACGAGAUGGUGGUCAGCUGGUCUGGAGAUCAUAUCUACAGCUUUGAUCUGAUUCAAAGCCCCGACGCGCGAGAAGCGCAGGAGAGGGAGGAGACGUUGCGGAAUGGCAACCAUUCUGGGAGGAGGAGACACUCGAAGGACAGGAAGCGCAAGCGGAAGAAGACCUCGAUGACCUCUCUUGACAGCGGUAACAGGCAUCAUUCCCGCAUGCGUUCCGAAUCCGACGAAGGUGAUAGUAUGUCAUUCCGGGUACGCUACGGCAAUGGGGAGUCGGAGGAUAUCCCUAUCCCCUCGCUUUCUCGUCGAAGCUCCGAUACGCCAGAAGACGUCAUGGAGAGGGCACGGUAUUCUGUUCUCAACGAGGCCCAGCGCCUAAGCUACCGUAUUGCAAAGGCCCUGGUGAAGCUCCGGAAGACUUUGUUUUCACUCGAGGCUUCUGUGAGGGAAGCCGCGGAAUCUCAACAGGAUUCUGCAGAUAUCACCCCGUACACCGCAUCUUUCACUUCAGCCCUAGGCUAUGCGGCCUCUUAUUUGCCGGAAAUGGAUGAGACCAUUAGAACUUGGAGGUAUCCGGUCAAUCCGACGCCCGACGAAGUUAUCUUCCAGCAAACUCUCCGUCGCAACAGGGAAUCUACAAGACGGUUUGUACAAGCGGCAGGUACACUGGCCCGUGUCUUAGGAGGGCGGCUGCAGACAGCAUCAGGCGGGGAAAGCCCCCAACUAGAGAUGUUCAGGCAGAUUGAACCCGCUCCGACAGAACACGGCAUCAUAGAUUCAGAGUCCCAGUUUGGAUAUGACUUUUUGAAAGCGAUUUUGCUUUGGCUGGAAGGCGACCGGCAGGCUCUCCUUAAUGGUUUCAAGUAUGAUCCUGCGCGCAGGCGUGACAGAGCACGGUUUCCUGUUCCGCAGUCGGCGGGCGAUGAAGCGAUUGAAGAGAUUCUAAUCCCUUAUCUCGAAGAACUGGCAGGAUCAGCGCCUGUGGUCAAUGUGGAUGCGUCGAGGUUCGAGCGUGAUGAAUCUCGCAUUGUCUUUGACACUCAAUCUUCAGCAGUGAAAUCCUUUGCCAACGCCAUAAAGAUACCCCUGGAGGAUCUUGACGGAGCGAGCGUGAGAGUGGAAGAUGGCGAAGAAAGACCAUGCCCAUCAAAUGUCCGUGCAAUGGAUCGCCGCGCAGCAAUGAGAUUCUGGGGUUUGAAAGUUGGCAGGAGUAUUCUUAUGCAAGCAGGUGACGGCGUGAAUUUUGAGCUUGUGAAUCGCGCUUUUGGUGGACUAAGAACUAGUGUCGAGGAGGAUAAGGAUGACGAUGAUGAGCGGGAACGAGUGCAGGAAGAUAUUGAUCCUGAUGAAGAGGAGGAGCCCGUUGAGGAAGUCCGUCUCAUCAGAGGCCGCGCUUCUGCGGCUCGUCGAAGUUCGUCGCACUCCCAGGAUACGUCCACUUCUCGGAUGACCGCAUCAAACGGUGGAUCUUCUGCGGACUCUGGGCCGGAUGACGAAGUGGCUGCAUUCUCUAGCUCUGAUGUCGAGAUGCCACAAGCGUUGCAGUCUGAUGGUGAUGAUGAGGGAAACAGUGACGAUGAUCAAGGCGAAGAAUCUGAGGACGGCGAGAGUGACCAGGAUGACGAGGAUGAUGAAUCUGAAGACGAUGAGGACGAGUUAGAAUCUGAGGAAGACAUCUUCUUCAGACAAACUGGUUUCCAAAGCAGCAGGAGAAGAGAAAACGUCCACCGUGAUGUGCCCUGUUCGUCGCAUACCAGGGUCUAUCGGGGACAUUGUAAUGUCAAGACCGUCAAAGACGUGAAUUACUUCGGAUUGGAUGAUGAGUAUGUGGUCAGUGGAAGCGAUUCUGGUCAUUUAUUCAUCUGGGACCGCAAGACCUCCAACUUGGUCAAUAUCCUUGAAGGGGAUGGUGAGGUGGUCAACGUGAUUGAAGGCCACCCCUACGAGCCCACCGUUGCAUGUUCUGGAAUCGACAACACCAUCAAGAUCUUCUCUCCUGACAGACGAGCUCAGGGUGAAGCGCAUGCAGGCAAGAAUAUUUUGGAUCCUGACAAUGCCGCAAACACUCUUGGAAGACAUGGAGUUUCCGGUCUUGGUCUCAAGAGUCGCAAGCGGAUGCAAGACAGCUAUCAGAUCAUGAGCCGAAACGACGUUGACCGACAGGGUGGUAUGACGGAGGCAUUCGUUACGAGGAGUAUGCUUUCCCGUCUAGCUGCAACUUUGAGGCAGCGACAGACCCUUGGUGGUAUUGCUGCCCUCGGCGGGGAAGUGGGCGAAGGCACUACCAUUGUUUUGGAUGAGAAUUGCACUGUCAUGUAGUGGUCGUUUUCUUAUAUUCCCCGCUGGUCUUGGUAAUACUUUCUCUAUCUUGAGAUGUUAAUCCCAGAAGAUAGAAUCUUGUUCGGAUCAUGUCCCGCCACGUCUCGAUUUAGGAGGACCUACCUGUUUCCAUGACUGAAUGUGUCCCAUUUCCCUUCUGCCUUGUCA